UUGUCAACAUGGCCCAAGACGGGGGCAAGCAACAGAACACGGCCUAUGGCGUGUUCGUUCAGGCGUGUUGGGCGCAACACAAACGCCAAUAUCCGGAUGAGUUGAUCCACAAGGAGAUUGAAGAGUUCAAUAAGCAGUGCUCGGUGUGGUGGUACAACUUGUCGGAACAAGAACGGGAACGCUUCCAGGAGAUGGCUGACCGAUCCAACGCCACGCAAGCGCUAAACACGAGCUACACGCACAUCAACAAUAGCAAUGCCGCCGCCGCCAUUCACACCAACAACAGCCUGGUUCAGAACGCGGUGAGCUCGACCACUGCGGCGGGUGGGGGUAUUCCCAGUUUCGGUUCCAGUUUCAACUACAGCGAGUACGGACUCCAAGGCACAGCUGGGGGUCAGGUGGUCAAUGCCGUGGUGGACAACACCGGUACGGUCCUGAAUUAUAGUACCAACGCUGCUCCCGCUGGUCACAUGAUGCAGCAAAGAACCGUGAUGGCCGCCGCCACCGGCAAUGCGGCCGUAACACCCAAUCGGGCCGUGCCCAAUGCCAAACCCAGUGGCAAGCCCAUCAAAGAUCCGAACGCACCCAAGAAGCCGCUCUCGGCCUACUUCCUCUUUAGCCAGGAGGAGCGCCUUAAGGUCAAGGCCGAAUACGCCGAUUACAGCAUCACGGAAGUGGCCAAGGAAUUGGGACGUCGAUGGGCCGCCAUUGAUCCUCAGCUCAAGUUGAGCUACGAGCAACGUUACCAGGAAUCGCGACGCCAAUAUGAACAGGCUAUGCAAGCCUAUAAGCCGCAAAAGAAAAAGAAAGACCCCAAUGCGCCCAAGCAACCGCUAUCCGCCUACUUCAUCUUCAGUAGUGAGGAACGACUCAAGGUUAAAGAGGAGCACCCCAGCUAUUCCAUUUGCGAAAUUGCCAAAGAGUUGGGACGACGAUGGGCCGACAUGUCGCCGGAAGUGAAGCAACGCUAUCAGCAGAUGGCCGAGGAAGGUCGACAAAAAUACGACCAAGACAUGGCCGCUUACCGACAGGGCAAUUACCAAGCCGGUGGUGCCGCGGCUUCCACCCAAUCCACGCAAAGCUCCACCACCAACACGGCCAGUGCGGCCGUCGCCACCACCACCAGUGCGGCAGGAGGUGCGGCCACCACCGCAGGCCAAAACACGAAUACAAGUGCGGCCAACUAUAGUGGCAUUGUAACAAGUAAUGACUAUAGCACAUUACUACAGUAAGAAAAGAAAA